AGCGGGGCGGCCCCGCCGGCUCCCGGCCCCUCGCCCGCCGCGCCGAGCGAGCGAGGCUCUUCCGGGCAGCGGGGCCAGCGCGGCGCGGGGCCGGCGGCCGGGGAUUGCGUGACAGCAGCACAGAUUCCAGGCCUGCAAGAGACAAGCCUUCCUGCUGCAGGAUCAUCAUUUCCAGGGGAGGAAAUCACCAGAUAACUCCAAGAGCUUUUGAAGAUGGCACCAGAUAUUCCAUUAAAUAUUAAUAUCAAGGAGCCCCGUUGGGAUCAAGGCACUUUUGUUGGGCGAGCCAAUCACUUCUUCACUGUAACAGACCCCAGGAAUAUUUUGUUAUCUAAUGCCACACUGGAAAAUGCAAGAAAAAUUGUGCAUGAUUACAGACAAGGUAUUGUGGCACCUGGCUUGACAGAAGAUGAGCUGUGGAGAGCAAAAUACAUUUAUGAUUCAGCCUUUCACCCUGACACUGGGGAGAAGAUGUUUGUGAUUGGCCGAAUGUCUGCCCAGGUGCCCAUGAACAUGACUAUCACAGGCUGCAUGAUGACCUUUUACAGAACGACACCAGCAGUGCUUUUCUGGCAGUGGGUCAACCAGUCCUUCAAUGCUAUAGUGAACUACACGAACAGGAGCGGGGAUGCCCCAAUCACUGUCAGCCAGCUGGGAACAGCCUAUGUUUCUGCCACCACAGGUGCUGUCGCUACAGCCUUAGGACUUAAUUCACUAGCAAAGCGCGUCUCGCCUCUUAUAGGGAGGUUUGUUCCUUUUGCUGCUGUUGCUUCUGCCAACUGCAUCAAUAUUCCACUAAUGAGACAAAGGGAAAUCCAGUUUGGAAUUCCUGUCACGGAUGAGGAUGGAAAAAGACUGGGUGAUUCAUCCAAAGCAGCUCAGCAGGCAAUUGCCCAGGUGGUGAUAUCCAGGAUUCUGAUGGCUGCUCCUGGCAUGGCAAUUCCUCCAUUCAUAAUGAAUACCCUGGAAAAGAAAGCCUUUUUAAAGAAAUUUCCUUGGAUGAGCGCUCCCAUUCAGGUUGGAUUAGUUGGGUUCUGUCUCGUGUUUGCAACUCCCCUGUGUUGUGCACUGUUUCCUCAGAAAAGUUCCAUGUCGGUGUCGCGCUUGGAGCCAGACUUGCAAGCCGAGAUCCGAGCCAGCAGCCCUGGCCUGGAACGUGUAUACUUCAAUAAAGGAUUAUAAUUCAAGGAAGGCAAAGUA